AUGAAUGGAUAAUUACAAAAAAUUCAAUAGCUGGAUGACUAAGUGCUAAAAUUACAGCAAAAGGGUAACUAUGAAGAUUGCUUGAUUAAACUUGAAAAGGCAUUAGUUUUAAAGUAAAGCAAUUUCGGUACUUCUAGUUCAGAGUACACAAAGACUUGUCUAUAAAUAAGCAACAUUUGCAAUAUUUUAGCGAUUAGCCUUGUUAAAGCUGAAUAAUUUAAUAGAGCUUUAGAGUUAUUGAAGAAAUCUGAGGCUCUAUGUGAAAAUAAUGAUUAUGGAAAGUCUAUGACUUAUAACAAUAUAGCUUGCAAAUUGAGAUCAGCUCUGACCUAUCUUGAAAAGUCACUUGAAAUUGAAUAGACAUUACCUUACCACAGUUCAAAAGCAGAUACCCAUCUAAAUAUCUGCGCUGUUCUAUCACAAAUGAAUAAGCAUGAUAUUGCCUUACACCAUGCUUAGUGCGCUAUUAUGAUUGUACAAUCAAAUCUGCUCAAAGCUUUUUUGCCUAAAAGAGAAAAAAUGGUGGAAACUGAUGCUUAAGCAAACAUGAAUUAUGAAAUUGAGAAGAAUUUCAAAGACAGAGUUACUGUACUUGCAAUUGCUUAUCAUAAUUUGGGGGUUGAAUAGGAAUUUCUUAAGCUUUAUCAUGAAUCAUUAGAAAGCUACAGAUAAGGAAAAGAAUUUGCUGAGAGAUAUUUAGGCCCGUAGGAUGGAAUAACUUAGAGUCUAACUAACUAAUAUUACAAAGCUAAACGAGAAAUUGACAAGAAAAUGGAGUAUAAUGAGGCAAAAAUCAAGAGAAGGGAGGUAAUAAAUCAUGAAAGAUAGAGAAUAUUCACAGCUAACAGUAGCCAGACAAGAGGAAGCAUCAAUGGAUCAUUUAAUGCGACAUAAUCAAGACCAACUAGUAAAAAGCUUGGAAGACUAUCAAGUAAUUAGGAUAACAGCAUGGUCAAUAUGGAAGGAACAUAGCAUGUAUCAUCAAUGACUUAAUUUCUAAAGCAUCAAAGCCAGCCUAGAGUAUAAAGUAGUCAUCAUUUCAGGAGAAGAAUGAGAUCUCCAGAAUAUAACUAACAAAUGGAGACUGGCUUUUACAUGUAGAAUUAAAAUGGCAACUAAAUUAUGAAUCAUUUCCCUAUGCCAAAGGACAAUCAAAAUUUUAACUAAGGAGAUAGCUACUAUUUGCCAAAUGAUGAAGAAUCUCAGCUUAAUGUCUACCGGUAGUAAAAUGAAAGAGCAUACAUGACAUCCAAUAACGGUAAUCCUUAAUAAAUGUCAGGUUAGGGAAUUGCAAUAAACAUGAAUGGAGGAGGAGGUCACCCAAGAAUGAAUUUUGAAGAGCAUCGGGGCUCUGCUAAAGAAGUUCCCUUCCUCAAUUACUGA